AAAUGAUGGUUGGGAAAAAGCAAAACCCCUUAUCUUUCCAGUUUCCCUGGCAUUGGUGAGUGAGUAGUAAUGGCGCUACUCUCUAGUCUUUGCAUUCCUUCAACGACUCACCUCUCUACGCACAACCAUUCUUUCUCAUCAUCCUCCAACAUUCACAUCCAUUCCAUCACCACCAUCAAUCCAUUCUCUUCCUUUCAACCCCUGCAAUUAUCACUUCCUCAUCACACCCCAACACUCCUCACAACCAAACAAAACCCUAAUUUCACUCUCAGAUUUUCCCAACAGGCUCAGGCUGAGGCUGAAGCAGCACCUAGUGUCUCCACCGACGAACAUGCAGCGCAAGAGGUUUCCCAGACGAGGUUGCUCGCCCAGAACGUGCCAUGGACAAGCACCCCUGAAGACAUUCGUUCUUUGUUCGAGAGAUAUGGAAAAGUGCUCCAAGUUGAGCUCUCAAUGUAUAACAAGACGAAGAACAGGGGUUUGGCAUUUGUGGAAAUGAGUUCACCAGAAGAGGCUCGUGCCGCUCUCCAGAAUCUCGAAUCGUAUGAGUUUGAUGGCCGGAUAUUAAAACUCAAUUACGCUCAUAUAAAGAAGAAGAAAACUCCACCACCCGUGAAACCAAAGCCUGUGACAUUUAACUUGUUUGUUGCAAACUUGCACUAUGAAGCAAGGUCUAAAGAUCUCAAGGAAUUUUUUGAUGAUGGAAGUGGUAGCAUUGUUUCUGCAGCAGUUAUAUUUCAUGAUAACCCUAGAAGGUCAUCUGGCUAUGGUUUUGUGGCCUUCAAAUCCAAGAAACAAGCUGAUUCAGCACUUAAUGAGUUCCAAGGAAAGAUCUUUAUGGGAAGACCAAUCAGGGUAGCUCGUGGUAGGCAAUUUGUUAAAGAACGAGCAAAGGAGAGUGAAACAUCCGAAGAUACGGCUUCUGAGUUGAAUGGUGAAGAAGCUGACAAGGCUGAUUGAUACCAUGGUGUCCCUGCAAGAUAUCAAUAUUGUGAGUGAUGGUAUUCCCUUGUUUGCUCAUUCUUUCAGCUCAUGCUAAAUCUUGAUUGAUUUAAAGUCGUUUACAAGUGGUUUACUUACACCUUUAUAGACUAGAGGUUCAAGGGAUACAAGAAACCAAGAGGUGUAAGCAUAUUCAUGAAUGGAUUGUCAUCGUAAAUGAACGAGUCAUUUGCAUCUCUGUCGAAUCAAGAUAUCUUCAUUGCCCGAUGUAAACAUUUGUUGGAAAUACCUUCAAACAGCAACAAACAUAUCAGUAUUAGUGAUACAUUUUGCAAUGCGUCCAUUCUUUUGGUUAUGAAUGUGGUCUAUGUAAACAUUUCUUCUGUAACAUUUGGGGAGACUCAGAAGAAGACUAUUUAAAGAAGGGGAAGACAAAAACUCAGAACAUAAAUGUAGAUUGACAUGCUCAAUAUAUAAAUAAGUACAUAGGUGUGUUCUGUGGCUUGCUGCUAAUGCAUCCCCUUCUACAUUGAGAUGUCAAUGUGUCUAAUUAAUCAUUAUGUAUUGCUUCUUCGUGAAGAAUCUCACUCGAAGUUUCUUGUGCAUUUUUGUGCUCUUCAGCAUAGUUGUAAAAGCUAUUAUUUGUAGUAUUAUGUUAUUCAGUUACUUAAAACC